AUGGAACAACCCCAGCCAUCCAAGAAGCGGCGGCUUAUGCCAAAGGAGUCGCCGUCAAAUCACACCACACAGCCGGCUCCUUUCCCCCACGAAUCGCCUCAGCAGCACCCAGCCUCGGAGGCCCCUCCAGCCGAACGCCAUGACUUCGAAUCCUUCGCGAGGCAUCUUCAAGAUGCUGCCAUGUUGAUCCAGCGCCAAACCGAGCGCGCACCCUACGAUAGCGUUUCUGUGCUUCUGCUGCGCUGGGAGGAAGAUACCUCGGCCGAGGCCGAUCUGGCGGCCUUGGAGAACAUACUACGAGACCGAUACUACUAUCAGACGAAUCGAUGGGCCAUCCCAACCGUACCCAAUCCUAGCAUCAAGCUUGGGGUCCAGAUGGCCUCCUUUCUCGAACAUGCCCGGCCAAAUCACUUGCUGAUCAUCUACUACGCCGGCUAUGCAUAUUCCGGGUUGGACAAUCAGCUCUACUGGGCAUGCAAUACCCGAGAAGAUGCCGCAAAGCUCAAGUGGGACGGCGUACGCUGUCUGUUUGAAGAUGCCCAGUCCGAUAUUCUGUUGUUGCUCGACGCCUGCUCCGUUCGUGAUAUACCCGUUUCUGGGAGCCAUGGUAUCAAGCAAGCUAUUGCUGCCGGCGGUCCUGAGCAGAACCCCAGAGAGGCUGCGGGCAAAUCCUUCACAUAUCACUUGAUUGAAGCUUUGCAUAAGCUGAGCAUUGCAGGCAGACCGUUCAGCGUACCGAGGCUACACGAGGAGAUUGUACAGCUGAGGCAGCAGGAAAACGCAACAGCAGCUAAACUCACAAACGGUGCCAGCAAAACUCCGCCACCCUCGCCCCAACUUCCCAUCUGCUUCACUCUCACACCCGGGAAAGGUCAAAGUUUGAGCUUGGCUCCCUUGCCUGCUCGGGCGGGCCAACAGCAAUCGCCGCGCAAUGGGACUACUGAUGGGGAACCACUAUCGAGGGCUGUGCGCGAAGACCAGCUCAUUGACCCCGAGUCUGUUGCUGACCUACGGUUCGAUGAGCCACGAGUACUUGUGUGUACGACAUUCGUUGGAGACGCCAGUCCAGACAUGUCUUUCUUCAAUGGCUGGCUUCACAACACGCCGCCCCUAGCUGCCAAGAUUGAAGUCGAAGGAAUGUUCCUCGGUCCACCCACCAUGCUCCUGAUAUCAAUGCCCCAUUCAAUAUGGAAUGUCGUCCAGCAUGAUAAGGUCUGCUGUUUCCUGGGGUAUAUCACGUCGCAUAACAUGAUUCACCUGUACCAGAAGCUCAAGGGCUCUGCAGGAAUCCCUAAAGCCACAGCAAAGGAGGUCGAAGACGGGCGCAUCUUGUUGGAAGCGCGAGAGCUGGCAGCAAGCACGCCAGCAACGCACCAGCGUUCAUUAGACAGCAAAGACGCAUCUUUCCAUGAAACGGCAAACCGCAUAGAAACCACCCCGUCCAGCGUGCCGUUUGCAGCGGCAGCCGCUGCCGCCGCGAUCGUUGAAGGCAAAGAUGAUGUGGAGGAUUCGGCAGAAAUGCAGGAAGCGGCAGAGCAGCUGAAAGCUUUAAGCCAUGUUCGCCACUUGAGCGAUGAGGCACCGCCGGCCGUAGAGCGGCAACGUACGACCCUACCCGAUGGAGCGAUGCCUGCCAAUCACGAGGACACGGGGUCUUCCCACGACGCGAAUGAUUCUGGUGCAGAUGACACGAUGCACUCGAUUGAUAUGAGUACACCCAAUGCGAAGGCUAAGCAUCGACGAUCCUUGCAGAAAGCGACACCGAAGCAAGAGACAAGGUGCACAUUGUGUACACAUGCUCCCUUCAAGGAUUCAUCGUCGCUUCGCAAACACAUUGCGGCUGCACAUACAAGGCCGUUCCCUUGUGCCUUCUCGUUCGCAGGUUGUACGAGUACCUUUGGUUCAAAGAACGAGUGGAAGCGUCACAUUGCUUCCCAACAUCUCUGCUUGCAAUAUUAUCGCUGCUCGUCUUGCCCACAGAGCACCGUUGAGGGCAAGGGGAACGAGUUUAAUCGAAAAGAUCUUUUCACGCAGCAUCUUCGCCGCAUGCAUGCGCCUUUCGCGAUCAAGAAGGCCAUUGCCAAAGGCGAUAGCAAGCUGCAAGUUGAGUGGGAAGGCCACGUCAAGGAAAUGCAGACUACUUGCCUCGUCACACGCCGGUCGCCGCCUCAGAGGUCGGCAUGUCCCAAGUCAGACUGCCAAGUCAUCUUCGAAGGGCCUGGUUCUUGGGACGAAUGGACUGAACACGUUGGCAGGCAUAUGGAGAAGGGUGAAGGUCAGCGACUCGGUGUUGAUCGGCUGCUGGCAAAGUGGGCUUUUGAAGAAGGUAUCAUCGAGCGAAAAGACGACGGCGAGUACCGUCUUUGUGCCGGAAACGGCCCCGGCAACGGUGGUGGCCCCAUCGGCGGCGAGUCAAAAGACUCGAUAUCGGUGGCAUAUCCUGAACCGAAAUUGGAUGUCGAAGAAGCAAUCGAGGCCAAGGAUACUGCCGAGGACAAGAUGGAAGUGGAUGGCUAG